UGCGUGACGUCUCCACUCUGGCCAGCUUCCCGGUGGUGUGUAACAGCGUGUUGAUACUGCAGAGAGGCUCGAGGAGAAACACUAGAGUUUAUUUGUUUCGCAUCGCAGAGAGCAGAAACUCGGAACCUGAAACCAGAGAAUAAUGGACAUGAAGAAGAGGGUCUCGUUAGAGCUGCGGCACCGACCACCGACGGAAGUCCAGGAGCUGGUUCUGGAUAACUGUCGCACGUGUGACGGGAAGAUUGAAGGAAUCACAGGCGAGUUCUCUAACCUGGAGCUGCUGAGCCUCAUCAACGUCGGACUGACCAGCGUCUCGGACUUCCCCAAACUGGACAAACUCAAAAAGUUGGAGUUGAGUGAUAACAGGAUAUCAGGCGGUCUGGAGGUUUUGGCAGAGCGGCUAGUGAGUCUAACGCACCUCAACCUCAGCGGGAACAAGUUCAAAGACAUCAGCACCCUGGAGCCUCUGAAAAAGUUGCCCCAGCUGAAAAGUCUCGACCUGUUCAACUGCGAGGUCACAAACCUGGCCGACUACAGGGAGUCCAUCUUUAAGCUCCUCCCCCAGCUCACCUACCUGGACGGCUACGACAUCGACGACUGCGAGGCCUCUGAUUCUGACGGGGAGGGAGACGGCGUCGAGGACGAGGAGGAAGAAGAGGGCGAGUCGGAGGACUUCGACGAGGAGGAGGAGGAGGACGAAGAGGACGUGGUCGCUGAAGAGGACGAUGAUGAUGAUGACAGCUGUGACGACGAGGAGGGCGAGGUGAACGGAGACGUGGACAGCGAGGACGAUGACGAGGACGAUGAUGACGAGGACGAUGAUGACGAGGACUCGUCACCGACCAAAGGCGAGAAGAGGAAGAGGGACCCUGAAGACGAGGACGAUGAAGACGACGACUAAAAACCCUCAGAGACCCUGAAAACCUCCUUCGACCUCUCGACCCCCCCAUCCCCCCCUACGUGACCUCCACCCAUCCCCCACCAACAGCUCGCCCUCCUUCUCCGACCCCCCCCUCACUGAUUCUAAAGCUGGACUCCUCCUUCUGCGCCCUCGUCAGCUCCUCUCAAACUCGUCCCGACCAAAACUUCCACCUACUCAUAGAAACACGUUUUAAUGUUUACACGUGAAGCGUCCUGAACAUUAAACAGCUGAUCAGACGAUCCCGAACAAAACGUGACGUUUAGAGCGCCAUAAAGAGGAACCGUUUUAUUUAUAACCACAAAGCAGAAGCGUUAUGUCGAGAUUAAAAAAAAAAAAAAUGUUACUGUUUUCGUUCUUGGGUUUGAUUUGGAAACGUCGGCUCUGAAGAUGUCGCGUUUCGUCUUUGUUUCUGUAAAGGAGCAAAUAAAAACAUGAGGUUAAAGAUUGAAACGCCGUCGUUGACGUGGUGUUUUUCUCGCCACGUGGACGACUUGGCGAGAAACGCCCAGAGUCCUUUUUUCUCUGGAGUGCUCCGCCUUUGUGGUGCGGCCGCUCCGCGCUGAAAAUCAUUCAACUUCUCAGACGUCGCUGCUGAGCAGAUGGUCGGGUCUUUCCUCCGUUUGAUUCUCGUAGUGAAGGAAAGAAAAACGACCUCGAAUAUAAAACAUGAAAUAAAAGACAGGACGGUGUCGUUCAUACGGCCGCUGUCCUCAACAGACCGUUGUCAUAGAGACAGGACGCUCAGCCAGCGCUUUUCUGCCUCAAAAAUAAAACGCCAGGUGGUCACAUGAAAUCCCUUUAAGAUGCUUUUAUUUUGAAAAUAUUUCAUUUUCCCAUCAGGAUGCGUUUGAGUGUGACUUAUUAUUUAGUGAACACGAUCAAAUCUUUAGAUAUGAAUUAUUCCCGCCGCGGACGGAGACGAAGCGAGGGCUGAUGGGAGGAGAGGGCACGUUGGAAACCAAACGCCCCCCCCCCCCCCCCCCCCCCCCCCUUCUCUGUAUGACAUCAUCACUCUGGGACUGAACCAGCAGCUAUGAUGUCAUCACCGUGCUCCUGAAAGACUGAUGUCAUCAGUGGACAGUUGAACUUUGUGAACAGCCAUCCCUCAAAACACCCCCUCCCUUAAUGUCCCCCCUCCCCCUCCCCUCGAGGCCGAGCACGCUCAGGGCAAACUGUGUUCUCUCUCUCUUUUUUGCCAACAGAGCUUUUUAAAAGAAAUAUUUUUUCAGAGAAA